CUGGAUGGAUGUAAGGCUAGUAACGGACUCUGUCCUUUCUUUCUCCCAGAGUAUCAGAAGAGCAGAUGCUGGCCCUCGGGAUGCUAAAACAGGUGGCCAGCAUGACAGCACAGAGCAAAGCCUCCAGCUGCUGGAAGCUUGCCUUGCCCUUGAGGUUUCUAGGCAGCUCCCCUGGUGGAUUCCCAGCAGAUACUAACUUCCACUCCACCUCCUUCUCCGAAGCAGAGCCUCCACGGAUCUUGAUCACAGGGGGUCUUGGCCAGCUGGGAGUAGGACUUGCUAGCCUUUUGAGGAAACGAUAUGGGAAGGACAAUGUGAUUUUAUCAGACCUAAAGAAGCCCUCUGCUCAUGUCUUCCAUAGUGGCCCCUUUGUUUACGCCGAUAUCUUGGAUUACAAGAAGCUUCGUGAGAUCGUGGUGAACCACCGUAUCAGCUGGCUGUUUCACUACAGUGCUGUACUGAGUGCUGUCGGAGAAGCAAAUGUGGCCUUGGCCAGAGAUGUGAACAUAACUGACUACGCAGUCCAGAUUUUCCAAGGUGCAGUAAAGAACGGCACAUUUGAGUGCAACCUCAAGGCCAGCACCAGGCUCCCCAUGAUGUAUAUCAACGACUGCCUCAGGGCCACCCUGGAAGUCAUGGAGGCCCCAGCAGAGCGCCUCUCCAUGAGAACCUACAACAUCAACGCCAUGAGCUUUACCCCCGAGGAGCUGGCCCAAGCCCUCCGCAAGCACGUUCCAGACUUCCAGAUCACCUACUGCGUAGAUCCCCUCCGACAGGCCAUAGCUGAUAGCUGGCCCAUGAACCUUGAUGACAGCAAUGCCCGUAAAGACUGGGGCUGGAAACACGACUUUGAUCUUCCUGAGUUGGUGGCUACAAUGAUCAACUUCUACAGAGCCCGCACCAGAAUUGCCCAAGCAAACUGAAAAGGGAGGAGAGGCUCCCGUGUCCUCCCAGUGCAAGGGACA